AUGCGAGCCUCGUCAAUCUCAGGCGUUCAAUCCAACAUCUCCUCGAUUAGCACCAGCAUAGCUGCUCUGAACAAGGAACUAGCUGGGAUUAUCGGCUCAGGCAUAGGCUCGGGAGUAGGCUCGGCGCGAGCGUCGAUUGCAUCCGGUGCUGCUUCCUUGAGGCAGAGCACUGCGAUCCGAGCGGCGCUGAGGCAGCGGCUGGCGGCAGUGACGCAGAAAGUAGCGGGUCUCAACGCGAACGCGUCUGCGCUCGCUGGGAUGGUGAACGGCCUGAGCGGUGCUCUGAACAGCGCUGUGAGCGCCGGUUUGAACGCGGCUGGCGACAGCAGCGUGGUGUCGGGCCUCACGAAUCUUCUGCCCCAGCAGGCUGGCAUGCUGCGUAGCGUGCUGACUUCAUGCAAUGGCCUGCAGUCUCUCCAGGCCGGUGCUGGCCGAUCUUCAGAUCCUCAAGAUGCCAUCUUCAAGGGCAGCCCCUGCAGCAAUGCUGCUUCAGCAGUCCUCACCCUCCCUGGCACAUGGCAGCCCAUGAGCCCUGUGUCUUGGUCGCUGGCCAAUGUCGUGAAGGUGUCGGCUGCUGACGUGGCGGAUGUGCUCGCAUCACUCCAAGUGGUCACCAAUGAUGACCUUUACCUCGGAUUUUCCGGGGCUGACGGGUCACUCUCAGGAAAAAUGAUUGGAGACCAUCCACGAGAACCAGCUGCGGUAGAGAGAGAGAGAGAGAGAGAGAGAGAGAGAGAGAGAGAGAGAGAGAGAGAGAGAGAGAGAGAGAGAAGAGAGAGAGAGAGAGAGAGAGAGAGAGAGAGAGAGAGGAGAGAGAGAGAGAGAGAGAGAGAGGAUAGAGAGCGCAAGCAGAGCAGCAGCAACAGCAGCAGAAACAGCAGCAAGCAAGCAGCAGCAGCAGCAAGCAGCAGCAGCAGCAUGCGCCGCACAUAA